AUGCGAAAGACAUUCACCGAAAACUGUGAUUCUUGACUGCGCCUCACUGAAUAUCCUGGGUUACUUGAGAUGAUAACAAUAGUCAGAAGUAUUUAAUGUUGCCAAAUGUCUACUACUUUUCUAAGUAGUCGUCAUGUACUUACUAUACGGCAGCUUUUAAAAAGUUGCUUCAAAAGGACUUGCACUAUCUAGUUUGUAAUUGUUGCAUCCACACACACAUAAGCAAGCGCACGCAAAGAUAGACUUUAUAGUUAGCUGCAAGUUAGCAAUAAAACCUACCAAUUUUACCAACUUUUCUUAUUUAUUAUUAGAGAAACUUUGGUCAUCCGCGCAUUUAUGUGUUGGAUUAUUGUGUGCUUCCAUACAUACAACAACAGAAAAAAAAAGCAUAAUACUAUGUAAAAAUAAAAUUAUUUAAAAAAAAACAUAGCAGCAUAUAGACUUAGUAUCACUUACAAAUAUUAACGUUUAAUGUCGAUAAAAUGUUGGAUCAGUCUGUGUAAAUGUGAAGAUGUGAUUACAGUGCGUGGCUGUCGAAAUAUUAAACCCUUCUCUCUCUCUCUCUCUCUACGUACUUCAUGAGAUUGUGUAACUUACCACAUAUACAGGCAAUUGUGGAUAUUCAGCAAGUAUACAAUACACGAGAUUUAGAGUAUAGCUGUUCACUUUGUAAAGUGGAUUUAAUCGGUGCUGACGAUAUAGAAAAUCAUUUACGUACUCACACACAUCAAAAGAAAUAUAAAGAGAAAUUUAAUUUGGAGGAAUUCGUAUUCGAAGAAGAAAUGAGAUUGUCUGCGUCCGACUCCGUUUUUGCCGUGUGGAAAACAUGUCAGUCCAGAGCUAGUAAAGAACUAGCAAGGAUUAUCGGCGAAAAAGGUGUGCAUUUAUGUGUUUGUGGUUUCCGUAUUACUUGCUAUGAUGAUAUGAGAAAACAUUUUCCAAUUAAAUAUUAUGAAAUCCAUCCACGAAUUCGUUCAUGGAAAAAAAGUUUGGAGAAAUGUAUUCGAUCACGCGCGGAUCGUCAUAGGAUUGAUUAUAGAGAUUGUUACACCAUUCUAACGUUAUUUGGACUCCCCAGUCACAUUAUUGAUAUGAAAAGAGAGCAAGCUUUAGAAGUUGCUAAAGCUAAAUUGUUGGAGGAUUCCACCAAAUUAGAGUCAGCAACAGACGUUCGAGGAGAUGGUGAAGACGAAGAUGAAGAAGAAAAUGACGAUGAAGAGGAAGAGGAAGAAGAACAUAAAGCGGUUCUUCGAAUUCUUCGCUGGCCUUUGGUGGGAAAACAAUUGAUUCCAACCAAACACAAGAUGAAUAGUAACAUGGGACAGUAUGGACAUGCUUCUCCUUUCACAGAUCAGUGGGGGUUGGAUCGCGUUAAUAAUCCCCCAAAGAAUCCUUAUCUUGGUUACAAUUAUCCAAAAGGUCAUCUUUACCCUCAAAUCGUACCCGGACCUUCAAAUCCGCCAUUUCCACAUGCUGGAAAUCAACGAAUUGGUGCUGUGCAUCCACUACCGCCAUCAUCACCGCCUUCAUUCUUCACUGCAAGGGGAUUUCAAAGUUCCAGUCAACAAGAAUCAAAUCACAGACUACAAACAAACCAUGUGAAUCGUCAUUCAGUGCCUAUGCGUUCCACAUCGCCAACUCCAAGAAGUCAUUUGCCACCGAACCGUCGUCCUGCGUCACUAGUACGAUAUGAAUACAAUCAGUAUGGUAAUUGUGAAGAGGAAAUUGUGUACGACGAUGCUGAUCAGCCCUCAAAUUUGGAUCGGUCACCGUAUCUACGUCGUCAUGGUUCCAGUGCUACUCGACCAUCUUUGGGAAGACCAAAUCUCAGGGAUAGAUCUCUAGAUCGACCUUCUCAACGUUCUGAUGGAAUGCCCAAAUUACAGCCUCCUAACUAUGAAAUGAGAUCGUUUAUGCCGCCGAUGAGACGAAAUGAAGCAGCUGGAGAUGAUGUGGAAAUGGAUAAUCUUCGUGCUCGAGAUCAACGACCUUCAUUAGAAAGAUCCCUUCGUAGAGGAGAAGAUUCUCCGAAUCUUCAUGUUUUCCCUCAUUCAUCGGAAAGAGCAUCAAGACAUCAGUUUCCAAGUUAUGAUAUGAAGCUGUUUGCGACGCCAAGACGAGUUGAACGAGAAGAUGGCGUAGAUAUAUUUGAAUAUAGUCCAAGAGAAUCACGACGUUCAUUCGAAAGACCACCUGCUCACAUGGAUGGUCCUCCAUCGAACUACUCUCAUCAUCAUUCUGAAGAGAAACGAAGAUUUCAGCCACCAAAUUAUGAUAUGAGAAUGUUUGCUACACCGAAUCGAGGUGAACCGAAAGACCUAAUCGAUGUUGAUCCAUACGGCGCAAAUUAUCCUCCUCGAUCAGUUCGAGAUGAGAGACCUAAAUUCCAGUUUCCAACUUAUGAUGUGAAGGGAUUAGUUACUCCGAGACGUGGUGGACAAGACAAUGGUAUGAUUCAUUCUGAUAUGUUCAUACCUGGAGGUCCUUACAGACCCCUACCUCCAAUCCGUAAUCCACUUGGUGAGCGUAGAUCCGCAAUGACAGCGAAUCGUCAGUCGCCACCACCACUGCCACCAGCUCUUCCUCCUGUCCGUGAACGCCUAACGGCAGGUAGUCGUAGUGAUAAAAAGAGAUCAGUACCGUUGUUUUUCUUGAAGAAACCUGUAUUCGGUAAAAGGGUUCGGGUUUUUACUACGAAAGACAAAAUUGAAAUGGCUAAACAAGGUUUUCGAAGACUACGAACUCAUCGUAAAUAUUGUGAUAUUUGUGAAAGACGAUUUACAACAAGGAUUAAACUGGCUAAACACUUAGAAUCCGAUCCUCAUCUAAAGAAUUUAAAUUUGUUUAAAGAAGCAAUAGCUAAAAUUAAAGAGGAUGAAGAUGAUGAAUCUUUGAUGAGUAAGGACGUGUAUAAUGGAAAAACUCCCAAAAUCUAUUGUGGUAUAUGUAAGGAAACAUUCACCAAUAAAACACGUUACAUGGAACAUUUGAAAUUCAGACGACACAAAGUCAAUGCUCGAAUUCAUCAGGUGUUUAAAGUAGUCAAAAAUAAGUCACCCGACCAAUUGAUAAAACUGCCCGCUGAGGAUCCAUUGGAAGCAUUUUGUCUUUAUAUGAAUUCAGUUGGAUCAAGCACCGAUAAAAGAGAAGAAACCGUAUUAUUGUUCACUUUGUAACGCGAAUUUAUGUGGUGUGGACACUUUGGAGAAUCAUUUACACAGUGUUAGUCACCAAGAACAAUAUAAAUCACGUGUUGAUCCACAAUGGACUAUUCAAAAAGCAGUUGCAUCAUCAUUGUCAUUUGAAGAUGCGAUUUUCGAUAUGUGGAAAGCUUGUAAAGAUAAACACAAAAGAGACAUGCGAAUUGUUGAACGAAAUAAUAUUACAUUACAGUGUGUAUGCUCUUAUGAAAUAAAAACUUUCACUGAAUUUAAACAACACUAUCCGAAAAUAUUUCCACAAAAUGUUCUUUUCGAAGAUUCGGAAAUGUUUGCUGCAGCCGAGUAUGCACGAAAAAUUCGUAGUUACAGAAAUAUUUUCCGUGAAUGCAUUAAUAUAUUGAAGUUGUUCACUUUGCCAGAUGAAGUAAUUGUGGCUAAACGAGCCUAUGCAAUCAAUGCAGCUAAAGCUAGAGCUUGUAACAACAAUCAGGUUAAAAUGUCAUCAUCACCAGCGCCAUCACCGCCGCCGCCACAGCCGCUGCCAGCAGCAGCGCCAACAACCACAAUGACGACAACAACGCUACAAUAACAACAACACCGACUGAACCGUCUCAAUUGGACAACCAAUCCACUGUGCAAUCGUUUAUCAGUAUAAAAGAAGAAGAAGAAAAUAAAGCGAAGCAAGAACUAAGAAUAAAUUCUACCUUAUUAGAUAAUCAUGAUACUGUUGAUGUUCCUCUUCCGGCUAUUGUUGACAACAACGCCACCGCUACUACUACUACUCAGUCGGCAUAAUGAUGAUGACAUGCAUAAGUAUAAAAUAUUUGUUCAAUCAACUGAAAUGGAAAAUUUUUUUUCUUUCUUUAUCUAACUCUUGUUUUCUGCUGCGAAUUGUUGUUGAGUGUGAACAAAAUAAACUCAAUUUACACUUGUGCAUUUAUGCUAUUCACAUGCCUUAUUGAUUAAUUGUAUUGUCCGUAAUAAAAGUAAUUAUAU